UCAAAGCCAAUUCCGUUGAGAGACUGAAGAGAGAGAGAAGAGGGAAAGAAGAACAGAGUGGGAACAGAAAGAAGGGAAGAAAACCUCUGAAAAAGCCCCGGAGACGUUCCUCUGCAGAGAGGCACAGCUCCCUGCUCACCUGCAGAAGCGCCUUAGAAGCUAGCGCCCCUAACAUGCGGCUGCCGCUGCUCGUGUCCGCGGGCGUCCUGCUGGUGGCCCUCCUGCCCUGCCCGCCAUGCGGGGCCCUCCUCGGCCGGGGGCCCUUCCCGGGCGCCCGGCAGGCGCCGCAGCACCCCCAGGCCCUGGAUUUCUUCCAGCCGCCGCCGCAGCCCCAGCAGCCGCAGGCUCGGCCCGUCCUGCUCCGCAUGGGGGAGGAAUACUUCCUCCGCCUGGGUAACCUCCAUAAGAGCCCCGCUGCUCCGCUCUCGCCCGCCUCCUCGCCGCUCGCCGGCAGCAGCGGCAGCCGCCUCUCGUCGGACGAGGUGGCCGCUAACUUUUUCCGCGCGUUGCUGCAGCAGCUGCCGCUGCCCCGGCGCCCGCUCGACAGCCCUGCGAGUCCCGCAGAACACGGCACCGAGAACGCCCUCGGCGGCCACCAGGAGGCACCGGAGAGAGAGAGGCGAUCCGAGGAACCUCCCAUCUCCCUGGAUCUCACCUUCCACCUCCUCCGAGAAGUCUUGGAAAUGGCCAGGGCUGAGCAGUUAGCACAGCAAGCUCACAGCAACAGGAAACUGAUGGAGAUUAUUGGGAAAUGAAACGGUGCGUUUGGCCAAAAAGAUUCUGCAUUUAACACAAAAAAUAAAAAAAUAAAAAAUAAUACAGUAUUCUGUACCAUAGCAUUGCUCUGAUACCAUUUGUUUAUUUUUAUAUAGCUUGAGAUGUAGAGGAUGUAAAGCAAGAGCGCCCAUGCUCCUCAAUCAGCAUGCACAAAGUGUCUUUAUGUGCAGUAACAGCAGCAACAUGUCAUUUGUAUCCUGUACUUAUAGUUUCUAUUUCCAGGUGUCUUUAACAGUGUUUUAAAGAGAGUAUAGACCCAGGGGGAAAUGUUUUAAAGAAGGAGACGGAAGUCACCCAAUUGAUCUUGUCGUUUGAACCAAAAAGAACGUCAUUCUCUUGGGUGGGUGAGACAAGAUCUGUAAGCUCUUUGAACCAAUUUUUCCUUGUAAACGUUUCAGUAAUAAAAUACCUUUCCAAUCCUUGGUCAAUUUGGUUGUGUAAGAGAAUUGGUUGUGUAAGAGAAUGUUGAAUAUUUAUAUUUCUAAUAAAAGCUGCAAAGGUAAUCAUG